AACAAAGGGAAAGCCCGAGCGGAGAUGACGGCAUGAUCGGCCCGAACACGUUUAACCGCGGCGGCGACGUAACGUGAACACUGCUCGACCUCACGCGCCGCGGUCACCUGUCGCGAACCCUCAUGCUCUGCGGAACCCCGGUAUCCAGACGGCGAGGUACAUAAGCCAGGAAGGAUGACGGGCGCGGAGGUUGUCUUCCGCCUUCGUGACGACGGCCAGCGACGUCGACGCUGGCGACGACGAAAACGGACUUUUCCCUUUCAAUACCAGCUGACCGCGCUGAUCGACAUCGAUGUUCUCCCCGAGCUUUGCACUCUGGCUCUGCUUAGCUGCUUCCUCCGCCGUGAAGGCGGCCAUCUUCGAUCUCUCCGAACUGCAAUGGACGCUCAGGAGCGCGAAUGGGUCGGUUGAGGUCCCCGGAGCGGUCCCGUCGCACGCGCAUCUUGACCUUCUGCGCGCGGGAAUUAUCACCGAGCCUAAUCUGGGCAUAAAUGACUACACCGAGCGAUGGGUCUUCUACGACAAUUGGACUUACACCGCUAGCCUGGCACCCCUACUCUCCUCAAGCGAAGUGCAGGCAGCGGACAGGGCACUGCUGGUCUUCUACGGGAUCGACACCGUCGCGAAUGUGUCUAUCGGCGACUCUCCUGUCGCCUGGGUCAACAACCAGUUCGUACAAUGGGUCUUCGAUGUGACGGACAUCGUACAAGCAUACACUGGGACAACAGAUGCGUACGGCGCGCAAGUACCUCUUGCUCGGGCGGCGCCAAAUAUCACGGUCUCAUUGGAGUCGGCGUACUGGUAUGGGGUCAAUGUCACGAGCCGCGCAGAUGCACGACAGUAUCCGGACGAUAAUGGGACAUUCGAAGUCCCAGGCUAUCGCCACUACGUCCGGAAGAUCCAGAGCGACUACGGCUGGGACUGGGGCCCCGCCUUCGUCCCCAGCGGCAUCCACAAGCCCGCGUACCUCGUCACCCUUUCCAGCUCCGCCGCCAGCCGUAUCGAAGUCACCACCCCGCCCAUCUCCCCCUCCGGCUCUCAAUCGACCCCGGAUGCGAUCUUCAUCGAAGAGUCCUCCAUCGAUAUCUACAAACUGGGCCAGAACUUCUCCACCGCGCCCGUCGAGGACGCGGACUGGGUCGUCAACGUGUCGCUCGCGAUCCGGAGCGCGGCGGCUUUCGAGGGGGUCAACCUGACGUUGAGGCUGCCGGAGCUAGGGUAUGAGAGCGAGGUGUUUGGAGUGGGGAUAGAGGCGAGGACGGAUGCGCCGACGUGGGUGAGCGUGCAGUGGAGGGUGCCCGACGACGUCCCCGAGCGCUGGUGGCCCUUCAACCUCGGCGAGCCCAAGCUGUACAACCUCACCGUCGCUCUCGACCUGUCGGAUGCGGCCUCCGUAACUUUUACCACGCGCACGGGCUUCCGCACCGUGCAGCUCGUGCAGACCGCAUACUCGGACGAGGAGGUGGCGGAGAAGGGCCUGACGCCGGGCGAUCAAUGGCAUUUCGAGGUCAACGGGGUGGCGUUCUAUGCGUCGGGGAAUAACCUGAUCCCGCUGGAUGCGUUUUAUCCCAGGAUUAGGACGGAGGGGAUGCGGUGGCUGUUGGAGAGCGCGAAGUUGACGGGGCAGAGUAUGCUCCGCGUCUGGGGCGGCGGCACCUACCAGCCCUCGUCCUCCUCAGUCGCCGGCGGCGUCUACGACUUCUACGCCCUCUGCGACGAGCUCGGUAUCCUCGCCUGGUCCGAGUUCAUAUUUUCCGACGCGCUCUACCCGGUCAAUCCGUGGUUCCUCGAUACCAUCGAGCCUGAGAUUCGACAGAACGUCCGCAGGGUGAACCGGCAUCCGAGCAAUGUGCAGUGGGCGGGCGGGAAUGAGAAUGAGGGGAUCGCGCUGUACUAUAAGGUGUGGGUGGAGGGCGGGGAGGUGCUCUUUGGGGAGUAUGUGAAGCUGGUGCAAGACUUCUUGUACAGGGUCACGACUGAGGAGACGCGGUCGGUACCUUAUACUGACUGCUCAACGACGAAGGGCGUGCUCAGUCUGGACCCGUAUGAACUGAGGUUCGAUAAUGGUGAAGAGGGAUAUAUCUAUGGCAAUGGCGAACGCUACAACUACGACGCGACGCAGGCCUUCAACUACAGCACAUUUCCUCUGUCGCGCUUCGUGAAUGAGUUCGGAUGGCACGCGAUGCCGUCCAUCUACUCAUGGGAGGAAGUGCUGGUGUCCCCCGAUGACUUCGAGUUCAACUCCACCGUCGUCGUGUCGCGCGACCAUCACCCGCCCGCGCGCCUCCUCGACUUCCCGAACCCGAACGCGCCGCAGGGGCAAUACGAGAUGACAGCGCCCGUCGAGCUCUGGCUGCCCACGCCGUCCACGCCGGACCCCAAGCACAACUUCACGCAGUGGUGCUGGAGCACGCAGAUCUUCCAGGCCAUGGAGAUCAGCGCGCAGGUCGCCUUCUACCGCCGCGGCGCCGGGCGGCCGGAGCGCAACCUCGGCGCGCUGGUGUGGCAGCUGAACGACGUGUGGCAGGGGAUCUCGUGGGCGGCGGUCGAGUACUCGGGCCGCUGGAAGCCGCUGCAGUACGCGCUGGGGAGCGUGUUUGAGAAGGUCGCGGUGUACGCGUUCUGGGAUGCGGUGGCGGAGCGGCUGGAGGUGGAUGUGGUGUCGGAUCGGCUGGAGGGGGUGAGGGGCGUGGCGCAGUUGACGUGGUAUGAUUGGGCGGGGGAGAUGCUGAAGAGUGAGGUGGUGGAGUUUGGGGUGCCGGCGUUGAACUACACGACGGUGUUGGAGGGGGAAGGAUUGGCGGAUAUACUUCCGGCCGGCACGGCGCAGGAGGAUGUGUGGCUGCUGGUGAACAGCACGGCGCUCGUCGAUGGCGAGAUCGUCACCAGCGAGAACUACUUCACGCCUACCUCCCUUGCCAACGCGAACCUCGUCGAUCCGGAGGUGCAGCUCACGCAUGAAGGCGACCUCGUCUUUAAGCUCAGCGCCAAGGGCGGCGUCGCGCCAUGGACCUGGCUGGAGCACCCCGCGGGCUCAAUUGGCUACUUCGCCGACAACGCGACCGGGCGGCCCUCCAAUGGGUUCUACCUGGUGCCCGAGAUCGACAGGACGCUGAGAUUCGUGCUCAAUGCAGACUUGUCGCACGAUUCGCAGCCGAGCGCGGACGACUUCGUCGUGCGGUCCCUGUGGAACAAUACGCACCAAUAGUACAGUCACUCAUACCGACAAUCUUUGGGCUAAUAAACACCGUUCGAUACGAAUGUAACGAUCCAUGACAUGACAUGACGGCAGAAACUGUAUGAGCUAAGUGCGUAUGGAUAGGUAGAGAAUACAUGAGUGAGCGCAGUCCUUCAAGGGUCAUACGACUCCGAGUGGCGCAGGCUCGAAGGCUUGGUAGGUGCCGUUGAUGCCACCUGCGGCCUCUUCUUCUCCGGCUCCUCGUCAGACUCCUUCGACGCCUUCCGCUUGU